AACCACUCCGGCUUCAAACCACUCUGGCUCUGAACUACCUCGGCUCCGAACCACCACCAUCACAACCAUCACCAACAAAUCAAACCAGCACCAUCUGCACAAGGCAUCACCGAAGUUGACAUCGGCGACGACGACGACGAAAACAACGGCGACAGUAGCUCUAAGUUCUCCUCUCUGUCACUGAGCUUCGCGCGAGGUUCCUAGUGAACCACCUCUCAUUGUCGUCAAUAACACUCUCCUCAGUCGAGAUGAAGGUGUUUAUGUGCGUUCUGGUGGUCGUCGUUGCUGCUGCGACGGCGAGCGCGGUCUCCACGACCCAGCCGGCUUCGCAGACCGCUCAGGCGAGUCCUGCCACUCAGACAGCUUCGAGCUCGCCAAGUUCCUCGCAAGGGGCCCCAUCGCAAGUUGCCAGCAAGCGAGGUGAUACGGACUUCGCCACUUCAGCCUCGCAGCAGCAUCCGGUUUACUCUCCGAGCCACUCGCAGCAGGCUCCAUCUCACUCCCAGAGCGCGUCGCCCAGCGAUUACCAAUCAUCGGCUUCGAAUGGCAACCUCUACUACUAUUACUACCCGGCUUCAUCGAGCUCUGGAAAGUCGGAGUCCGGUCCUGCUGACCAUUAUCAAGCCUCCGCUGCAUCCUCGUAUGCCAGCUACGCGACCGAUGGCUCGUCUCAUGGCCCUCAACAAGCUACCUACGACAGCCCAGCCUCCUCCUACGGCAACUCUGCUUACCCGAGCCAGUUCCAUCAAGCGACAUAUGCGUCGCACCAAGGCCACGCAGGUUCUCCUUCGUAUGCCUACACAGGUUCUCUCCUCCCCUCUGACUCUCAACUGAGUGCUCAGUAUGCUAGCGGCAGCGGAGCUCCCGUGUCCGGGUAUCAAGGCCAAGGCUCAUACCCGGCUCAAGGAACCUACCAAGCGUCCCCCUCGACCUUCCAACCCUCAUACGCUCCCGCCUCCGAUUCCAAGAGUCGAUUCUACGGAUUGGGUUCGGUCAUCAUGCCCCUCGUUGGUCUCGGCGCCCUGGCUUUCCUCCUUCCUUCAGUGACCAACCUGGGAGGCAAGAAGAAGACCAAGAGAUCCGUUGAGAACAACGACGCAAACAAGGCAAACGGUGUCGCUGAGUACGCUGAGCGGCUAGAAAAGUACUUCAAGAUCUACCGCGCCGCCGUUGAGAGCGACGACUGCAUGAACCGCAUCGUUUGUGAAUUGGGCGACUCCGUCUCUACUGUCCGCGGAAAGGCCGCCCUCCUCGCACUCUUCGAAAAAGUUGCUCCGCAAUGGAUGACCGGAAAGAUGGGAGUCUUCAAAUUCGGUGCCCUCGAUAGCAAAUCGGCUAAAUGCGCUCGUUACAAGUGCUAGGCGUCCUGCAUCCUUCGUGAAUGAGACCAAUCGAAUGGAACGAACAGACACCUCGGACACUUGCACGCACGCGUCAUUUCUCCUUGGCAGAAAGAACAUACAAGCGCAAUGCAUCGAAGAAAACGCGAGGAUGGUUCUCGGGCAGAAGUUCAUUCACUUCGCAACCCCUGCGAUCUCGUUCCUUCCUCCCUUCCCUCCAAACACACUAGCCGAGAUGCCCGAUUCCAGUCCAUCGUGAUGAAAAAUCCGACUUCGUUUCUGAAAGAAGAAGGACUCGUGCGUGUGCGCGUUUGUAUUAUUUAUUCAGACGGAGAACAGAACUUCUCCAAUCCCCGGCUGAGAGCUCUCAGCCCGCAUUCCGGUUCAGCGUAAUUAAUUUAUUUCUUCCUCUUUUCCCCAUUGCUCGGCCGGCUCUCACCCCACCCCUUUUCAUCAUGUAACCCUUGAAGACCCCCAAGGGGGAGUAACGAUUCGCCGCACUGACAUCUGCCAGACUGCCAGAGGAGAUACACACGAAUGUACACACACACAUCCAUAUUAAGUAGGGGUAUUUUACAAAAUUGCAAGAUGAAAAUUAAUAAAGAAAAACAUUUC